GUUCGAUUCCUGUCAAGUUGUCAGGUGCAUGAAUCAGAAUAAUACUUUGUUUCGGAAAUUGGCUACAGUUGUUACAUUCUUCGUAGAAGCUGGUUCCCUAACAUCGUAGUGAAGUUUAAAAAUCAAGCAAAAAAUGACCUCACAACCAGGAGGAAACUUCCAGUUGGCGCCUCUGCGAUCAGUGAGCGAUUUUCUUCUGGAAUCGGCUCGGUUCCAGUUGCCCAACGUUCAGGAUUUCGAGAAAUGGGGCAAUCGAGUUGUCAAAAACUUGCUGUACUAUCAGACUAAUUAUUUUCUCAUGAGUGGCGCCGUGUUUGUGCUGAUUGGUUUGCUGCAUCCGUACAAGGUCGUUCUUGGGGUCUCGAUUAUCAUGGCGCUUAUGUACGUGUUUAUCAAAUUCUUCGCUUCUGAGGCACAACGUUCUUUGAGUGCAGCGGCCGGCCAACAACAACCGAACAAAUGGGCAGUUCUGGGUGGAGUCCUGGGUUGCAGUUAUUUGGUGCUCUUCCUUUUUGAUGCCGUUCUGAUUGUGAUGUUUGCUAUAUUGUUGCCCUUCUCACUAACGUUCAUUCAUGCUUCGUUGCGUUUGCGAAACAUCAAGAACAAGAUUACAAAUACUAUCGAGAUUGUUGGAGUAAAACAGAGUCCGAUGGGUCAAUUUCUCGAUGCAAUGGGACUCAUGCCGGAUGCAUUCUAACUUGGACUUCCCAAACGAAAUAGAAAAAGGCAGCUUAAGGCUUAUCACAAUCAGCCAUUCGCCAACUGGUGUUUUACACAUUAAAAAUGGACCGGAGUUUGCUUAGCCAAAAGUUUCAAAUAUUGUCUCUCUUCUGUCGCAACGAUUCAACCUGCGUUAAGCGGUUCAAUAAUAUUAUUUGAUAAAUCUCGAUAACGUCACGAGAAAACAAUACAAAAAGUAAUCCUCGUUAUUAACUUCUAGUCAUAAUUCACAAAAAAAGAUCACUGUUUGAAUAUACAUCUUGACCUUGUUAAAACCGAAAAAAGGAAUGUAUGCAGUGUUAUAAUAAAUUAUUUUGAUAUGGUCAACCCAUAGAAAA